GCGACGUGUCUGUCGGUGACGCCAUCAAGUGGCGCUCGGCUUGGCCCGGCGCAGACGGACGGACUCGGACGGGACGGGAACAGGCCAUGGCUCCUGCCGCUGUGCAGCCGCCCGAGGUUCAGUUCGCGCAGCGGCUGGCCGCCAACGAGAAGCGCAUCCGCGACCGUGCCUUGAAGAAGCUGCGGGGGUACCUCAGCCUCCGGACCCAGCGCCCGGCCGGUGGCUUCAGCCAGGAAGAACUGCUGAAAAUAUGGAAAGGCCUGUUCUAUUGUGUGUGGAUGCAGGAUAAACCUCUGCUGCAGGAGGAACUUGUAAACAAUAUCUCACAGCUUAUCCACAUCAUCCAGAAUACAGAGACUCGACACCUGUUCCUUCAGACAUUCUGGCAGACUGUGAACCGUGAAUGGAACGGGAUAGACAAUCUGCGUCUCGAUAAGUUCUAUAUGCUAAUGCGUAUGGUUUUGAGGCAGUCCUUUGAAGUGCUGAAGAGAAGUGAGUGGGAUGAAAGACUAAUUGAACCACUCCUGCAGCUACUAAUGAAAGAAAUUAUGGACCCAGACAGCAAUGCUCCCACUGGCAUAAAGUUUCAUUUCAUUGAUAUCUAUCUGAAUGAACUGGCUAAAGUUGGUGCGAAGGAGCUCACAGCAGACCAGAAUCUCAAGUUCAUUGAACCUUUCUGCAAAAUUGCUGCCAAGUCAAAAGAUCGAUGUAUGCUGCAUGCCAUAGCCACUGGUAUCUUUGAGGUCAUUGUGGAUCAGUCUCCCUAUGCCAUUGAGGACCUAAUGAAAGAACUGGGUAGCAACAGUGAUGAGGAGAACGACUCUGGAGGAGACAAGGAAGAAAAUGAAGAGGUGCUUAAAACCAAAGACAGAGGCUUGUCAAGAAAAUCAGCAGAGAACUGUGAAAAAACAGAGGAUGUUUGUGAAAAUGAUGAUGAUGACAACGAUGGUAUUGGGACUGUUCUUCAGUUUGAUUAUAAGGCUGUUGCUGACAAACUCUUUGAAUUGGCAAGCAAGAAAAACACACCUUCCCAUAACAGAAAGCGCCUGUACAAGCUGGUCAAAAAGUUCCAAGACUUAUCAGAAGGAAUCUUUCCCCAAGAUAUUCCUGAAGAUGUUUCUACAGAUGAGGAUGAUGAUGAAUUUAGUAGGAGAAGGCGAAAGAAAAAAGGUGUCAAGCCCUGGGAGAAAAACAAAUUGGAGGAAGUAAAAGAGGAUGAACAAGAGAUGUCAAGUGAGAAGAAGGCAUCAGUUGCCCAGAAGAAAAGGAAAAAAAGGAAGAAGAGGGACAGCCCAAGUGCUGAUUCUGGAACAGCUGAUGGAAAAUGUGAGGAAGGAGCAGCUGAAACAUCUGGGUCUAAUGAUUUUAGCCAUGGUGCCAGAAAGGUGCCAGAAAAUAACAAGGAAAGGAAGAAAAAGAAAUUGUUAGUAAAUGAGGCAAGUAAGACCACGAAUGUAGCAACUGACAACAGAGAAAAUCACAGCCUCUCUGUGCAGCAGAGUCAGACUGACACAGAAGAGAGUAGAAAGAGUCAGCUGAAGAAAACGAACACCAAAGUGCAAAACGUUCCUGUAAAAGCAGCACAUCAGAAUGGACCAACUAAUGCCAGCAAGGCAGAGGAUGUCAGCCCAUCCCUCACACCAGUAGCUACUAAGGUUGUGAAAAAGAGACAGAAAGCAGUGGCUGUCCUGGUGAAUGGGGAUAACCUUUUGCAGCAAACCAAUGUGAAAUCCAGCAAGGAAGGCUUGCUGGGGACCCUGUCGGGAGAUGCAAACACUGAGUCUGUGCCCUCCAGAAAGGCAAAAUUGAAGACAAAUCUUGUUGGUUUGGAAGGGAUGAAGGUCUCCAGCCAGAAAGCAGCAGCCUUCAGAAAGAAGAGAAAAGUAAAAGAUGCACUAAACUCUGUUGAAGCCAAUGGAGUUCUGGAGACUGCAUGCAAGAAAAGCAGGAAGGGGGAAAGCAGUGUUGCUCUAUCAUUGAAGAAAAAGAAAGCAAAGCUAGGAAAUGAUUUUGUAAAAUUUGAAAAAUCAACUUUACCAAAGCCACUGUUCUUCAGGAAAGCCAGAAGUACCAUCUCCUCCAGCAGGCCGUCCAUGCAGCUGAACAAGCUGCAGUCAUCCAGCUCCAAAAAAGUCACCUUUGGCUUGAAUAAAAACAUGACUGCUGAGUUUAAAACGACUGACAAAAGUAUACUAGUGAGCCCAGAGGGACCCUCCCGUGUGGCUUUCAAUCCUGAACAGAAACCCCGUCAGGGGGUGCUGAAGUCACCCAGCUGUACCCCGACAGGAGAGCCUCAAAUGAAGAAACAACUUACUGUCUCAGCUAAGAAGAGAGCAACUGCUGUGGGCUUGUUCUAAAACAACAGAUUGUGGCCUACUUUUGUACAGGACAUUUUGCUAAACUAGAAUGUUCUCUGGAGGUAUUUUAAACUUCCUUAUUUUUUUAAGUUAAUAUGAAUUGUAUAUACAAAAUUCUGGUUGUGACCUGGGACAACGCUAUCGUGACACCACUUCAGCUGUAUUUUGCAAUGCUUGUCUUACCUAUUUACAGAAAAGAAACAAAACUCAGUCUCUACUCAGGUUUGGCACACCCUAGUCUGGUCUUUCCUCAUGUCGUUCCUGAAAGACUCGUUCAUUGACUUAAGGAAUGUUCUGGGAUUGAUUGUUCUGCUGAUUUUAUUAUUAUUAUUUUUUGAGCCAGUUUAAGAGAACUUCAUGCUAUUAAACUGUCUUUCACGGGCCAGGGUUUCAAAUGGAAGAAGACAAUGUAUAUUUUAAACCUGCUAGUUGAUGUGUUUUAUGAUUUGACACCAUCCUUUUUCCGGCGUUACCCUUGGUGUCCUAUUAGUUCUUCUUCUGGAAAUAGCAAUUACCUCAUGUCUCCCUCUAAUGACAGCUGGCCUUUGGGUAGCUUUACAAAUAGUACACAAGCUUUCUCUGGGAUAAGAAAUGCCUCGCUGUUCAAGUGGUCGCUGUUGCAAAUAAACCUUCACAGCUUGGUUGCCUGCUUAGCUGAGAACAGUCACCACGUUAUUGUCAGUAACACAAGUGCCAAAGCUGGCUUACGCCUCUGAUGUAAGCUGGCUGCUUCUCUUUACUGUAACUGAAGAGUAAUGCUCUCGCACAGGAGAGCUCCUUGAUAUUCCCAUGGAUUCCCCUUCACCCCCACUGCUGUCUUUCCUGGAGGUCUGACAAGACUCUUAGUUUUCUUCUUUAGCAGCUGGUGUCACCACAUUGUACUGGAGCUCAGAUCUCGUUUGGUGAAUGAACCUCUGAUUGUCCUGAAGUGAGCUAGAUCCGUGUAGUGCAUCUUCGGUUAGGACGCACAUCUCUCUGUAAAAGCUUUGGUGCCUCUCAACAAGGUGAAACUUUACAGUCCAGACAGCUUGCGUUUGAUUUUGAUGUAGAACCAGAAGAAUUCUUUCUGCAGCAUUUCCUGGUGCUAAGUUUUUAUUUGC